AUGGUUCGAAACCUCACCGCAGUUGACGGGCCUGGUGAUACCGCACCACCGACCAAAUGGCCCAAGAACCCAGAAGAGGUCGUUCUCAACGACAUGGAUACUGGUGCACUCAUCAAUGAAUUGGCAGACUUAAGGCUUUUGCCAAAAAAGGUUGACGUGACUCCCCACCAGCAGGAGGCCUGGGCGAAGAAAUCAGGAGUUUUGGCUUCUGUAGCCUUUGAAUCAAAUCAACAAGUCAGAAUUGAGGAAGGAACAUAUCGGGGGACUCAGUUGGCGCUGACUAAGGUCUAUGAUCUUAUAGAACAACAGUACAUGUCCUUCACGGAUGUAGCCCAAGUUGAACCUCUGAUUCCAACAGCCUUUACCAGACAAGAAAAACGCGACUUUUUUGUCUUCACUAAGGGUGAAGAUGGUUAUCCACCCCAUCUUGACCUUGGCCUGAACAAAGAAUGGGUAAAGAACGAGGGAGACAAAAACCAGCGAUCAAACCUUGGGCCAUUCGAUCUUUUCAACUGGUAUCGCCUGCUCCAGUUAUCAAACAUUAUGAAUGGUACUUUGCCACUUGAUUUUACUACGGGUACACCCGAUAGAGGGAAGACAAUUGCAGAGGUGGAAAAGUAUAAUCGGAAGCGACGAGCGGAUUGGGCGUUCAGAGAUAUCUUCGAUCGUCCCAACGUGGGUGAUUUACAAGAUUGGUAUAGCGAUGCCCGUUUUGCUCAGCAGCAUUUUACAGGGACGAAUCCUACAACAAUUACGCGGGCUUCAAAUGAUUGGAUAUACCACUUUAUCCAAGCUGCAAAGACAUCAGAUGAUGCAGAUGCUAAAGGUAUCAUCACCAAGCUCAGUACCAGCUCUCCAGAAUCCUUUUACGUACAGGAUUACAGCUACUUUCGCACAAUUACCGACAUAGACUCGGCGGAUGAAAUCAAAUAUGAGACUAGGGACAAAAACGGGGCUGAAACCAGUCCUCCUCGCUAUGGUUGCGCGUCGGUGUGCCUUUUCUAUCUCAACGGGAAAGGAAAGCUUUAUCCGUUGGCUAUUGUCCCCGAUUGGCGGGGCACUCUGAGAUCUGUGACAAUCUACAACCGGGAAUUGUUCAAGCGGACGGAUAUCCAGACAGGAGACGAAAAGACGCGUGGCAAAAACGAGGCGAGAGUUGAUGAGGCUAAUGACUGGCCUUGGAGAUAUGCCAAAACAUGUGUGCAAUGUAGUGACUGGUUCCGGCAUGAAGUUACCGUGCAUCUUGCACGUACUCAUCUGGUUGAAGAGUCCAUCAUCGUUUCCGCCAACCGACAAUUUGAUCCCGAUCACCCUGUGUUUCGGAUACUUCGUCCGCACUGGCAGAAGACAUUAGCACUCAAUGCGUCCGCCCGAGACACUCUCGUUCCCUCUGUCAUUAUCAAGAUCAUUGGCUUUUCUCCACCUCAAGCCCUCAAAUUCAUCCAAGAAGAAUACAGGACGUUUGACUUUGAGGGAAGUUACGUACCAAACGAUCUCCGCAAACGGGGGUUCCCUCCAGAGGAACUCAACGAGCCCAAGUUUCACAACUACGCCUACGCUAGAUGCAUCAACAGCAUGUGGACAAAACUCAGGAGCUACGUGGAAGAAAUGCUUUCUCUGCAUUACAAAGGGGCCAAUGCCGACCAAGAAGUUGAGAACGACAUAUCUAUUCAGAAAUGGUUUAAAGAGAUGCGCUCUCCUGAUGGUGCAGAUUUGCGAUUCUUUCCGGCAAUCACCACGUUCGAGGAGCUGGUCGACUGUGUGACCAUGUGUAUUCACAUUGCAUCGCCCCAGCACACAGCUGUCAAUUACCUACAAGACUACUAUCAGGGUUUUGUGAUCAACAAGCCUUCUUGUCUUUUCACGGCGCCUCCAACCUCUCUAGAGAGCCUGCUCAGCUACACUGAGCAGGAUCUUGUCAAAGCCUUGCCUAUGAAUCAUCCGCACGAGUGGCUUCUUUCUUCACAUGUUCCGUAUCUGCUCAGCUUCAAACCAAACGAGAAAACCGAAACGCUUAUGGGGUGCAUUCACACGGCGUGGUCCAUUUACUCCAACAAGUGCCGUCCUUCUGAUGUGGACAAGAAAACCAAAGAUGCUUUGCACAGAUUCUACCAGGCGCUCCAAGCUAGCGAUGAUGAAUUCGAGAGGUACGCAAAAGAGAAGGAUGACAUUGAGGAUAUUCCCUACAAUGUGCUGGAAACGAGGUAUAAUGCAGUGUCAAUUUUGAUUUAA